AUGGAGUAUGAGGCUGCGAAUCCAAUUCAUCCAACAUGCCCAGGCAAUAUGUCCACGACAGAGACAGCCGUCUACUUCUUCCGGGCUUAUAUUACUCCAACCAUUCUUUUAAUAGGAAUUCCAGCUAAUCUCUUUGUCUUUGUGGUAUUUAUUCGACUUCAGAAACGCCAGCCAUGCAGAUUUAAUAUCUACGUCAUGUAUCUAGCCAUCGCUCACAUAUUCCAGUGCAUUGGUGAAUCGCUGUUAGAUCAUUUCAUAGGUCGUGGGCUAUGGUUCGCUUCAGGAUGUAAAAUCAGUUUUAAACUCGACAUUCAAUCAUUGUUCGCCUGCAAAUUUGUUUCUUAUCUACCCACAGCAACAGAAUUACUGGCUGCGGUUACACUGGUUUCUUUCACAAUUGACAGGACGGUUACAAUCUAUCGACCAAUACACGCGAGGGGUGAUAUACAUCUGAAAUAUGCUCGAUUAGGAUUGCUUAUGUGUUUCGUCUUUGCUUUCGUGGCGUUCAUUCCAGCGGCCGUUUUUUACACUCUUGAAACGAGUCCAAAUGGUAAAGUUAGAUGCUCUUUAGCCGACCCGACUAGCUCUGGUCCGCGUUAUGUCAUUCUUAUGAGUGUUAUCUGUUCAUAUACGGCUCCUACCAUCACUAUUCUACUGCUGAAUAUCUUGAUUUGCUACAAACUCAAAAGCUUGAUAUUCAAUGCAGGAACGAAAUCUACCACGUCAUAUAAGCAAAAGUUAGAAAGGCGAAGAAUUCUUGGCCAUUUAGGAGUCUGUUCCUUUUUCCUUUGUCUAUCAAUUCCUUUGGUCAUCUGUAUGGCUUUGCGACAAUACUCGGAUGCCCAGAAUUACGAUGUUACCAAUAAGGAAUUCCAUAAGGAGAUUGUUCAACUGACCAAGUUCUUCAGUUCAUUUACAGCCAUUCAGUAUUCAACAGACAUUAUUAUUUACUUUGUAUUUCUUCCAAACGCGAGGUCGGAAGCUGUUCGAAUUCUCUGUGGUUGCAAAUGCCUUCAAAAGCUCGACUGUGUGAAGAAAAUCUACUCAAAACACGUGAAAGACAAUGCCAAGCAAAAACGAAAGAAGGUUUCUCUAGGGUUGAAUCAUACGCACAUAAAUCGGAGUACAAUGAAGACUGGUGUGGCGUCGAAAGUGUCAACAUCAAGUUUAUCGGAAGUUGUCAAGUAG